AUGGCUAGAACCGUAACAUUUGAUAUUCCGGCGGAGUAUCAACUAAUCGAUCUAAUUGGUGAAGGCGCAUAUGGUACCGUAUGCUCUGCAAUUCAUAAGCCAUCAAACAUAAAAGUUGCCAUCAAAAAAAUUCAACCAUUCAGCAAGAAUUUAUUUGUGACAAGAACUUUGAGAGAAGUCAAGUUAUUAAGAUACUUUCAUAAUCAUGAAAACGUAAUUAGCAUACUGGAUAAAGUCAGGCCGAUUUCCAUAGAAAAGAUGAACAAUGUUUACCUUGUUCAAGAGUUGAUGGAAACAGAUUUACAAAAGAUUAUUAAUAACAGCGCCACUGGGUUAGGCUCGACAUUAACUGAUGACCAUAUACAGUAUUUCACUUAUCAGAUCUUAAGGGCGUUAAAAUCCAUUCAUAGUGCUAAAGUCAUACACAGAGACUUGAAACCUUCUAAUUUGUUACUAAACUCGAACUGUGAUUUGAAAGUUUGCGAUUUUGGUCUAGCGAGAUGCUUAGCGAGCAGUAGUGAUUCUAGAGAAACUUUGGUUGGAAUCAUGACGGAGUACGUAGCAACCAGAUGGUAUAGAGCCCCAGAGAUUAUGUUAUCGUUCCAAGAAUACACAACAGCAAUGGACAUAUGGUCUGUCGGUUGUAUACUUGCUGAGAUGGUCUCCGGAAAACCAUUGUUUCCUGGAAGAGACUAUCAUCAUCAACUUUGGUAUAUCCUGGAAGUACUCGGUACACCAGAAUAUGAUGAUUUCCGACAAAUCAAAUCGAAGAGGGCGAAAGAAUACAUAGCUAAUCUACCUAUGAAAGCGCCGAUGUCAUGGGGCGUAGUCUUUGCUAAUAGGAAGGACCUAAACCCCGACAUGCUAGAUCUUCUUACCAAGAUGCUGAUGUUCAAUCCUGACAAGAGGAUCAGCGCAGCUGAAGCGCUCAAACAUCCAUACCUCACCACAUAUCACGACCCAGAAGAUGAACCAGAAUACCCACCAUUGGAUCUCGAUGAUGAGUUUUGGAAAAUAGACAAUGAAGUUAAGAAAUCGGAUGAGGACGAAAUGUCCAUGGAUGUUCUAAGGCAGAUGCUCUAUGAUGAACUCAUGAAGCCUUUAAAAUAA